CGCUCGUUAUCUCCAGGGAACAUGGAGUUCACGGCUCUCCCCGGGGUCGUGCUCAGGGUGUUUGGCGGGUUCCCGGCGCUGGCCGUGUUCUGCACCGUCUUUGCCCUGGCCUUUGACUUGAUGAAGAGGUGGAAGAAGUGUGGCAACUACCCUCCCGGGCCCCGGGCUCUGCCUUUCCUCGGCAACCUUCUGCAAGUGGAUCUGCACAACCCGCACCUGUCAUUCACAAAGCUGCGGAAGAAGUACGGCGAUGUGAUGAGCUUGGACUUUGGGUGGACAAACGUGGUGGUGUUGAGCGGCUACAAGGCCCUGAAAGAGGCGCUGGUGAAGAAAUCAGAAGAUUUUGCGGACCGACCAGAGCUCCCAGUAUACAAAACGCUCUUUCAGCAGAUUGGAGAAGCUGCGGAAGAAGUACGGCGAUGUGAUGAGCUUGGACUUUGGGUGGACAAACGUGGUGGUGUUGAGCGGCUACAAGGCCCUGAAAGAGGCGCUGGUGAAGAAAUCAGAAGAUUUUGCGGACCAACCAGAGCUCCCAGUAAACAAAACGCUCUUUCAGCAGAUUGGAGAAGGUAUCGGGUUUGCAAAGUAUGGUGACUGGUGGAAAGAGCAGAGAAGAUUUGCACUAAUGACGCUGAAAAACCUUGGGGUCGGAAAGAAGUCUCUCGAAUUGCGAAUUGCAGAAGAGGCUGGAUUUUUAAACAAAGCCUUUGAAG